AUGGCGAUGCUGGCGGAGCCUCGUAGAAGGCAAAAGUGGUCUGUAGACCCCCAAAACAGUGCUUGGAGUAAAGAUGAAUCUAAAUUUGGUCAGAAGAUGCUGGAGAAGAUGGGCUGGUCCAAGGGAAAGGGUCUUGGGGCUCAGGAACAAGGAAAUACAGAACAUAUCAAGGUUCGGGUGAAAAACAACACUCUGGGGCUAGGAGCUACCAUCAAUCAUGAGGACAACUGGAUUGCUCACCAGGAUGACUUCAACCAGCUUCUGGCUGAACUGAAUGAUUGCCAUGGACAGGGUGAAACAGAGUCCUCGGUGAACAAUCAGAAGAAGAAAUUCAGUCUUGAAGAAAAAUCCAAAUCUUCCAAGAAACGUGUCCAUUAUAUGAAGUUUGCAAAAGGCAAGGAUCUCUCUUCACGCAGUGAAGAUGAUCUGUCCUGCAUAUUUGGGAAGAGACACAAGAGUGUGAAGACACAGGAGGAUGUUCCCGAGCCCAAGUCUCAGGAAGAGAAGAGGAACCGCUCAGUAUCUGAGCCUGCAGACGGUUACAAUACAGUGAAGAGCGUUCUUACCGUGCAGGAAUAUUUUGCCAAGCGCAUGGAAAAACUGAAGGGAUCCCAGAAUGAAACAGAAACAGAGGUAGACAAUUCCUGCCCAGCAGCUGGCGAAGCUUUGGAGCCUUCAGAAGAACUGAAAACUAAAGUCAAAAAGAAAAAGAAGCAGAAGAGAGAUGAGGCAGAGACUGCGGAGCAGUGCAAGAAGCCAAAAGUGAAACAAGCUAAAACAGGUAGCUUGAAUGAAAAAGAACUGGAUGGUCCCUUAAAUGAAUGUCAGCCAGGGAAGAAGAAAAGGAAACAUAAAGAGCAGCAGGAAGGGGAAGGUGUUAGUUGUGACGAAAAUAUGGGCAGUGAAGAAAUUUAUACAGGAUUGUCCAAUGGGGAGGAUCGCAGCGAAAGAGACUCUGAGGCAAAGCAGAAGAAACACCAUAAGAAGAAACACAAAAGGCAAAAAGAGGAGACAGAUGAGUAUGUGGAAGGAGCACAGAGAAAGAAAAAGAAGCAGUGCAAGCACAUUUAA